GCUAGGCUGCUGGCGUGUGCGAAUGUGUCAUGUGUAAAUAAAUUGUGUAAAUGUUGUGCGUGUGAAUUAUUUGUUUGUAAUUUUAGAAAAUAGAAGCUAUUUUUAUAAAAUUUAAUAAAACAAUAUUAGGAAUUAACUUAUCUGUAAUAAUAUAUAGUUGUUUUUGAAGAAAACUGUGAUAUAAUUGUAGAAAAUGGACGAUAAUACAGAAGCACAAGCGCAGGCGCACAAUCUGCUGGGGCAGAAAACUCGGAAACAACCAAAGGUUGUGGAUAACGCAUUGACUAGGGCUUUGCGAUCAUGUUGUUUCAUUCCUCAACGCUACAUACUCGGAGUGAUGGGCCUUCUCGGAGUCUGCAACGCCUACACUAUGAGGGUGUGCCUGAACUUGGCUAUCACGCAGAUGGUGCUACCGAUCCACAAGAACGAAUCAGACUCUACCAAUAACAACACUGAACUAAUAUGCGAUAGCGACCCGAUCCCUGCCAACACUACAGUGUUUAUAAGUCCAUACGCAACACAAACCUGGGACCAGGCCACUCAGGGUCUAAUCCUAAGUGGUUUCUACUACGGCUACGCCGCCACUCAAGUCCCUGGAGGCUACCUGGCCGAGAAGUGGGGCGGCAAGUGGACCUUGGGCGUGGGUCUACUGAGCACAGCUCUGUUCACCUUCCUUACUCCGUGGGUCAUCCGUAUGGGUAAUGGAGGCUGGGGUGGCCUGUUCGCUCUUAGAGUGCUUCAAGGAAUGGGAGAGGGUCCCACGAUGCCAGCUCUCAUGAUAAUGCUGGCCAGAUGGGUGCCGCCACACGAGCGCUCUUUCCAAGGCGCCCUCGUCUUCGGCGGUGCUCAGAUCGGCAACAUUUUCGGCUCCUUCAUGUCCGGCAUCCUAUUGUCUGAUGGCCAAGACUGGGCCAAUGUGUUCUACUUCUUCGGUGGCUUUGGUCUGCUAUGGUUUCUUUUGUGGAGUUUAUUCUGCUACAGCACACCGAACACGCAUCCAUUUAUCUCAAAGAAGGAGCUCAGCUAUCUGAACGCCAACGUGACAACGGCCGACCACAAGGCCGCCAAGGACCCGGUGCCAUGGAAGGCUAUACUGAGAUCGUGGCCCGUGUGGGCGUUAGUUUGUGCCGCUGUCGGCCACGACUGGGGUUACUACACUAUGGUCUCAGACUUACCAAAGUACUCUCACGACGUCCUCAAAUACAACAUCGCGACCACCGGCUUGCUGACCGCCCUGCCCUAUGCCGCUAUGUGGAUCAGCUCCUUUAUAUUCGGAUUUGUUUGUGACCUGUGCAUCAAAAAGGGCUGGCAUACGAUCAAAACUGGAAGGAUCAUCCAUACAACUAUAGCUGCAACGGGCCCCGCGAUAUGCAUCGUUCUUGCGUCAUACGCAGGCUGUAACCGGGACCUCGCCAUGGCUUACUUUGUCCUCUCCAUGGCUUUGAUGGGAGGAUUCUACAGCGGAAUGAAGGUGAACGCGCUAGACUUGGCGCCGAACUAUGCCGGCACGCUGACGUCUCUAGUCAACACCACGUCCACCUUUGCAGGGAUCGCCACUCCCUUCCUUAUCGGACUGUUAACCCCUAAUUCAACUCUAAGCGAGUGGCGCGUCGCCUUCUGGGUGUGCUUCGCCGUGUUGGUCGGCACCAACGUGGUGUACUGCAUCUGGGCGGACGGCAAGCAGCAGUGGUGGGACGACGUGCGGCAGUUUGGCUACCCGCCGAACUGGAACCAUGGCCCGCUUGUCAGAGACACAGUGCCUGACCAGGAAGCCGUUAUGACGAAAAUGACCAACAAAAGUAGCGACAAUGACGUUUAUUAGCGAUUACUCAUUUGUGGGAAUAGUGAACAUCAUUAUAAUUUACUAUAUGACGUUCUAGAAUAAGACGAAUGGGAAUGCCCCUUAUUGUUGUAGACACAAAAUGAUGAGUUCAUAGUAGGUAUAUUAAACAUUUAUUAAAUAACUGUAUAUGGCAUAAUAUCUACUCCUAAAGAGUGUAGGUAUUUGUUGAAUGUUUUUUAUUCCUGAGUUUUGUAUUUUACGUGUGUCUUUAUCUGAAUGAGGAUUGAGGAUGUAUUUGGUCGUCUAGUACCUGCUAUACAAAAUGUUUUUACUAAAAAUUAAGUUAACUGUGAAAUUAAGUUACUUAGGCUGAUUUACAUGCAAUAUUGCUAUGAAUAUUCUGCCACCUCUCCUAAGUCAUCAAGUAUCAAAUUUACUUCUCAAGAACCAACACGAUCAAUACCUAUCUAUGUAUUUUAUGUUCAAGGUUCAUACUCACAGUUUAUUCAUGGAUUCCAAGUUAACUCCAUUUUGAUAUUCAUUCCUAAAGGUACCUAGGCAACGGAUGCCAUGCACAAGAAACGUGUUAAAAUAUAUGAAUACUACUUAUUCAAAGUACUUAUUGAGUCAAGGAUUACUUUAUUCCUUGUUUUACGUUACUAGUGUCUAUUCUUACCGACAAUGUUUCGAACAAAAUGCAUCAAAUUUACAAGACCUUUAAGUACAGUCACCACAGGGGAUUGUUAUGCCAUUAAGGGUUCUUGCUAAAUUGGAAAUUCUAUAGCGUAAGUAUUGAACAACCAAUUUAGCUAGGACUCUACAUGGCGCAACGCGUGAUGGUACCUGGUCUACACUAGCCGCAAUUUUUGUUUCAGACUGUCUUAAAUUGCCAGCAAAGUAAUUGCAUUUUAUAUACCUAACUAUAAAUACCUAAUAUAAUUAUUCUGCCGUUUCCAAACAAAAGAGAACAUUCCUUGUUGUCAUAAGGCUGUAAUAGCACAUAGACUUAUAAGAAAUACACCUUAUAAAACGUCAAAAUAAAAUUUUGAACUCAUAUUAUAUUUAUUGUUAUACUGAAAUUGAUGUACUCUUAGGCCCUGGUCUCCUAUUUUAUGCUGUACGCGGCGUCUGGCGUCAGCGUCAACGUUUUUGAACAAAAAAGACGCUGACGUCGACGUCUAAAACAGACCACAACAGUACAUCUCUAUAGUAAGCAUCGUGACGCAGACGCUGU